AUGCCGCCAGGCCCAAUUAUUCCCAAACCAAGCAGCACUCAGACUCUCCACAAGUACAUACUUCAGGUCGGUCGAUCACAUUCAGACCGGCUAAGCGGCUACCAUCACCUUUACGACGCCCAUUAG